AUUUAAAGAUGGUAACUUAUCAUAUAUAUUCAAUCAGCAACCUAUUAAUGAUAUUAAUGUAGAUGAAGUAUUAAAAGGAUUAUCAAAUGUGGAAGGCGCAAAUGGUUUUGUGAUAUUUAAUUAAGAUUGUAAUUAAACUAUAUUCAUAAUUAUUAGGUAUUCCACUAAAAAGAUCAGAAAAGAAUAUUACUUAUGAUAAAGCUGUUCAUAUGUCUGCUUUAGUGGCUGAUUUAUGGAAUGUAACUAAGAAAUGCAUUCAAAGAGAAUUAAGAAGUGCUGAUGUAUUCAUUUAACGUAAUUAUUUAGAAUGAUCUUGAAAUUAUUAGAAUAAGAACAAAAGCCCAAUCAGAAUACAUUAUUUCCUAAUGUAAUAUUAAUACUUAUUUAAUAAUAAGAGGGUGAUUUUACAAUGAUAGGCAUACAAUUAUGUGGAAAAGCAAUAGAAGAGGCUAAACUAGCUGCAGCUGUUGAAGCUUAAGCAGCUGCUGAAGCAGAAAAGGCAAAAAAAGGAGAUAAGGAAUAAAGUUGA